AUGGAAGUCCAACCACAGCAAAAUGUUAUCACAGCCCCAGAGCCACAAGUCGACCAUGUGGAACGACACGGAUACCUCUUUGGCUACCCAGUAGCACACUCGUUCUCGCCGCUCUUCCACAACACCGUCUUCGAGCAACUCGGCAUGCCAUGGGACUUCCAACUCCUCGAAUCGACAGACAUGUCCCAAUUCCUUCGACUCAUCAAAGACGAUCGGCUAUACGAGUCGCAAGCAAAGCUGACGUCUCUCUCAGGCUCCGCAGUCACAAUGCCCCACAAAGUGGCCAUCUUUCCACAUCUGGACGAACUGACGGAUGAAGGCCGGGCAGUAGGCGCCUGCAAUACGAUCUUCCGCAGAGGGGACAAAAUCAUCGGCACCAACACGGACACCAUCGGCGUCCGGGAGAGUUUCUACCAGAACAUCGCCAAUCCUGAUGAAGUCUUUCACGGCCGGCCGGGUAUGGUCAUUGGCGGUGGAGGGGCCGCGCGCUCGGCCGUGUAUGCUUUGGUGGCGUACAUGAAGUGUCCGGAGGUGUAUCUCGUCAACAGGGAUCCGGCAGAGGUCGAUGCCGUCAUCUCCUGGUGCAAGUCGCAGGGUUAUGGUGAUGGGUUGGUGCAUGUCAAGACCGCGGAGGAGGCUGAGGGACUUGCGGGACCGGGUGCUAUUGUUGCUUGUGUGCCAAACUUUCCGCCCAAGACUGAAGCGGAGAAGGAAGCUCGAAGGGUUGCUGAGGUGUUGCUGAACAAGCCGCAUAAAGGUGCUAUGCUUGAGAUGUGCUAUCAUCCCUCGCCUUGGACGGAGCUUGGUGCUAUUGCAGAAAAAGCUGGCUGGCAGGUUAUCCUCGGUACGGAAGCGAUGAUAUAUCAAGGGUUGGCCCAGCAUACCUUGUGGCAUGGUAAGACGGUUGAGCAGUUACCUGUUGAAGAAGUUAAACAGGCCAUCAAUCGUGCGUUGGAGCAGGCCAGGAUAUGA